GCCACCGUCCUAAGGUUCAUCGAACUUGAUCGAUGGGACAAACUCCUGGAUAUGCCGGAAGAGUUUGUCUCACUUCUCACGCCCGAUACGGCCCACACUCUGGGAGAUUAUCUCCAGAGUGUGGUUUUGCCGGAAGAGGAGUUGGAGAUUGGGAAGGUGAAGGUGAAAGGGAUGGAAGAGGCGCGUGCUCAGGACAAGGAGAAGAUCAGACUCAUGGAAGAGGCGCAUGCUCAGGAGAAGGAGAAGAUGAAAGAGAAUACUCUUGCUUUGGUGAAGCACGCUCAAAAGCUCGCAGAUGAACUCUCUGCGGCGAAGACCGAGCUUGAACAGACAAAGACUGAGCUCGAAGAGACGAAGGCCGAGCUCGCGGAUGUGCUCUCUGUGGUGAAGACCGGGCUCGCACCAGGCCCUCCAUAAUUCUAAUAGCUACUUUCCUCGGAAACCGAACGUUACCUUCCGGGUCCGAACGGGGUUUCCCGACGGUGGGAAACUCAAUUUUGAACAGCUAAAACCUGCGUUCCCCGCGGCUGAAGGUUAUUAAAAAAACGGUUUGAAUAUCCGCCGAGCGGGUCGGCCGAGCUUUCAGCUGCUUUUUUGAUAAGACGCUUUGGCCCUA